CAAGGCUUCAAUGUGAAGGAAGGAUGUAAUUAAAAUCUGCUUUAUAUAUAUUAGUUCUAUGAUUUUCAAUAUAGACAAUAUCUGUUUUGUUGGAGUGAAAGUACAAAUGCAUUGUCUUCUAGCACCAAGUUCUCAAAUUGAGUGCACCCCAAUGUUUACACACAUUGAUAAGUCACACAUUGAAACAAAAGCAACUAGUGAUACAUGUCUAAUAGGUCCUGUAGAUGACUUUCACUUCAAAGAACCUGACUCUGUGGAUUCACUUAGAAACUCAUUCACAGCGGUAAUGGAGAGGGUUUUCUGAUUUCUGUCAUUUUCUUCUCAAUCAUUGUUUUAAUGGGAAUGUCCUAUGAGGGAUAGUAAACAAUGUCACAACCUCUUUCGUCUUUUUGUCGGGGUUUUGUGAAAAGUAAUCUUUCUGAAUUCCAAAGAAAACAAAUACAGUAAGCCCUGGCUUAGAUAAGGCACGGAUGAGAUUGACUCGGGAAGGCUGAGCUGGUCCCCUAUUGAUGGCUGAUUCCCGUCCCCCGAUAUUACGGGAUUAAUCACAGAGUCAAUAGGGUUGUCAUCAUUUUGAGAGGCAUUUAAAUACGACAGGUGAUACACUGAUCAGACAGGUGGGGAGGGAUAUAUCUGUGCUCGUAUUACAGGUCUGUAAGGGAAUUAGUGAUGUCUCUGAGAGUUCGAGAGGAUCGCCAUCUCAUUGUGUCUGAUGAUGGAGUGAGGGAACAGUUGGAUGGAUAUACCCAAGUAGAGUGUGGAGUUGUUGAUUCAGUGAUUCCUGCUGUACCCAUUCAUUCAUUGAAAUAUUUCUGAGUUUUGAAAUGUUUGUUUUUACACUAUCUAUAUGGAGUAUUAUAUAAUCACUGAAAGAUUUAACGUUCAAUAAUGUGAUAAUUGUAUGGAUUCCUGGAAGUGUUUUCCAUUGGUUUUGAUUGGUAUAUUCAUUACAUUUCCAUUAGAGUCUGAGUAAAUUUGAUUUGCUGAAAUUUGCAGGCAUUUGUUGGCAGUGCAUAUUGGAUAGGAGUAUUUUUUUUUUUUUCUAAAGUUAUUAUGUUUGAUGAGCCGUUAGGGUGAAUAUCACAACAAUAAAGAUACGCCUCGUGAGCAUUUAUCAAUUUAUUAGAUAAUCUGAAGAGUGAGAAAGUGGAGCUUACUUUUGUGGGGAUCUAUUGAUAUUUCAUAUUGAUAACAUAUUCAUCAUUAUUUUCACUGCAAGCAGGUAGAACUGGGUAUUAUAACCAAUCAAUAUUUCUUACAAACUCGAUCCUGAAAGUGUCCUUUUAAAUGUCAUUUUAUCCACAACAUUUUGCUGGACAGGCUACGAAGCUUUUGAUUUUUCAAUCAGAUUUAAAUCUUACCCCAACAUUGCGAUUAGGAACAAUUUCUUCCAAUGCUUCCUAUUGAUUUUAAACACACUACAAUAGGAUUUUCUCCAUUUUAUUGAAGUUUUUACAAUAGAAAGAUUUUCCACACUUUAUAGAAGCUAAUUGGCAGGGGAUAUCUGGUCUACAUUUGCUGAAAUGGUUUUGAGUUCUUUGGAAACAUUUGACAGACUUUGUUUAAAGUUUUACAGGUUUUUUUUAAUCAUCGGAAAUAGCGAUUGAGAUCUAUAAACGCGACACAGAAUUUAAAACUCCGAUCUUUGAUUCCCAGAUAGGACUAUCUCCAGACAAACUGCUGAAGAGUGUGUAAACUUCUCAAUGUUAUGCUAAUCAUAAUGGAAUCAGAUAUUGCAUGUGUUGAAAUAGAGAUGAUUUAUUAGCUGGUCCUGGACUCGUGGAAACGGGAUAUCAUUCACUGCCUAAUAAGGAUUGUGGGAGAUAUUGGGAGUUUAAUUGUGAUUAUCAUUUGAACUGUUUUUGAUUUUUGACCAGCUAUGAAAGGAAUGUUUGGUUGAUAAGAUGAGCUAUCGCCAUAAAGAUUGACUGUUUAAAAGUUGGACGGAGAUAUUCUUUUUCCUGUUGCUCUGUUGUUGGAUAUGAGAAACAUUAGGUGCUCCGACAUUGUGUGACUUUUCUUAUGCAUUGUUGGAUGCUGGAAUUUUUGGCUCAGAAUUGUGUCACAUGGGACUUGUUUUGAGAUAUGUAAUGAGAUUCCCUCAAAUAUGUCACAUCAUGUUGGAGAACUUGUCUCAAUUUUCUUUGUGAAUAUUUUGACAAGCUGAAUUACACAAAAGGAACCUUCAGAUUGUAGUGAUUUGUGAUGAUAUUAUGAUUGACCUCUUUUUUUCAUCUACAGGAAGUCUAGAUGCAUUGUGGGAUAUAUAUAACAUGAAGCAACAUUGGAUUGUACCUUAUUAAGAUACAAUUCAGUGUCAUUUUUGUGUAAGACCAUGUGAUUAAUCACCAGAUACUCAGAAUAUCAUGGGAUUUACCGGUACAUGAGAAGUACAUGUUGAUAUAUCACUUGAUACAAACCCAUCAUUGGUGUGAUAUAUUUACUGUCAACUUUGUGAAAUGACAUGAUACAUUCAUUGACCUUGACAUUCAAAAAUAUUUUUUGACCUAUAUAUGACACUGAACAUUCCAUGACCUUGACCUCUUCAUGAUGAGAUACAAACGCGAGAGGUCCAAGUCGAGCUCCAGUGUGGUCUCACUCAGUUAUGAGGUCAUUUGGAUGCAGCAGCCCUCCAGGCUCAGUGGAGAGAAAAUUCCGAUUCACUAUAGAGCCAACAAGCGGCCUAUGGUGCCAGCACCUGCCUGUGCACACGACUAUAGCACGCCCGAUAUCGUACAGGAUGCGGAGGAGAGCGGACGAAACUCGCGCUCUAGCGCAAACCUGUCCCCAAAGACACAAAAAGCCCCCGCUUUCUUGCCAGAGGAUUAUUUUGAAUUUUCAGGUGACAGAGUGAUCUUCGCCGAGUCGCCCUCCGCCCCAGGGAUCCCUGUUGUGUACAGAACUCCAGAGGAGCGUUCCUCCAACCCAGACAGACUCAACCUAGAUAGGCGGAAAUUGACAGUAUGUCCGAUUCUGGAGGGAGAGGACCAGUUAAGGCUGCUCAACUACCAGCACAACAUGAUCAGCAAAAUCCAGCACCUGAGCUCGCUCAAACGACUCAUAUUUCUGGACCUGUACGAUAACCAGAUAGAGGAGAUCUCAGGGCUGAGCUCGCUCAAAUCCUUACGGGUGCUCAUGCUCGGCAAAAACAGAAUAAAAAAGAUAGAAAACCUGGAUACUAUGAGCAAACUAGAUGUCCUCGAUCUACACGGCAACCAGAUCUCGUUGAUUGAAAACCUGAACCAUUUAGCAGAGCUCCGUGUUCUGAACUUGGCAGGGAACCAGAUUACUAAUGUAGACAACCUGGCGGGGAUGGACAGUCUUGCCGAGUUAAACUUACGGCGGAACCGCAUCAGGAUGGUGCUGGAUGUGGACAAUUUGCCGAGUCUACAACGACUGUUCCUCAGCUUCAAUGAGAUCUGCAGCUUUGAGGACAUCACGUCUCUGUCGGACUCCACGAGUUUGUCGGAGAUUUCCCUGGACGGGAACCCGAUCACCCAGGAACAGUAUUACAAGCAGAUCGUGCUGCGUCACAUGCAGCAGUUAAAGCAGCUCGACAUGAAGCGAGUCACGGAGGAGGAGCGAAGGAUCGCCCUGGUGAUGGCUCGCAAAGAAGAGGAGAAGAAGAGGGAGUCCAACAAGACCAACAUAAUGAAGAUGGUACAGACGCCCGAGCGCCCGCCACCAGGGCAGGAAAAGAAGCGACUUGCCAUCAACAACGCCAAGCGACAGUGGGAGGUCAAUCAGGGGUCAAUGAUCAGUCGGACGGGGAAACUGGUCAAGAUGCCGGAACUCUACGCCAACCACGUGGGCUCAGUGGCAAACUCUGACAUCAUCUCACCAUCCAAUGAGGACAGUCUGGAGGUGGAGUCCAUACAAAGUGAGUCCAAGCAGAGUAGCCGACAUGGUUCUCGCCCCAGCAGUGCUCAGAGCGCCCUCGACGAUUCCAGACCCCGCACAGCCAACAAAGUACAGCAAUUCAAGUCCGAGUCCCAGAAAGUGGGCCAGAUUAAGGAGACUGUCAUAUUUGGGAACCAGGGGCAGUAUGCCUCUGACCUCAAUAACCUGGCCGACCUUGAGGGGGACAGCCUGACCAUGUAUGGGCCCCAGUCCCUGGAGGCACUGGAUCGGAACUGGGGGGUACAGGCCGCGGGGGCAGUCACCCAUGUCUUGUUCAAGUUCAUCGACUUUGACGAGAUCGCUAAACACUUGCACAAAAUCAGGACUCGCUUCCCUGGGGUACAGACCAUCACAUUCAGUUCUACCAACAUCCGCUCCCUGGUUCAGAUAAACGCGCUCUCUGGGGUUAGGAGACUGGAUAAUCUGAACAUUGACCUGGACGGCAAUCCAAUCACCAAGUUCACCUUGUGGCGCAUGUACAUCAUCUUCAGACUGGCGCACUUUGCUCUGAAGAAAAUCAACGAUGUCGAGAUAUCAGCGGCAGAUAUUGUUAAUGCAGAAAAGUUAUUUGGACCGGUGUCUCACAUUACAACCUCGCAGCUCCCCCAGUCACGGCUGCUGUCACUCAUCGGCGAGACAAGGAGGAAGCAGCUGCUGGCAAUGAGUGAGGACAAGUCCAAGAAAAUUCUGGAGGGAAAACUGGACAAAGCUCAGGGCGAGUUUGUUGGGCGAUCGGGACUCACCUACCAAACCAAGGAAUCGGUGGCCUCAAAGUCACAGGAUUCUUCAAACAAGAGACAAUUUGCCAGGACCUACAUUAGUGAAAUAACAAAAGAAACAGUUUUCACAGACAAAAAGCGAAAUGAGUUUCUGAAACAAUGGCCGUUAAUUUUCCAUGAAAUGGUGUACAGUGCAGUGACAGACAUGUCCGAUAUGCAGGGCUACAUGAAGAAAUGUCUGGAGGAGUUGGAGAAAAGUUAGUGCUUUCCCAGACAUAGUGUUGUUAUGCAAUCACGCCAAAGGAAUUCACUAUAGCCGUGGAAUUCAGGAAAAUCUGUGUUUGAAUUCUCAGGAUGGAGAUAGUGAGAUACUGUGCGUUAAAUGUUCAGGGAUGGAGUUACCCUAAGAGCCAUAGUUCUGGGUCACUGAUUCUGGAGGAUCAAAGCUUUUGGAAGCAGCCAUGUCAGGGGUAGACUUUCUGUUUGGAAAGACCUUGAUAGAAGCUGUGAUUGUGAACAAAGGGCAUCGUUUGGAAGCAGGCUCAAUGCAUGUGGUGUUUUUCUCAGGACACAUUUGUUCUUGUGUCCAGAGAUUUGAAGGGAAAGUGAAUUGGAAAUCUGACUUUUUACUUAGUGCCAUGCAUAACAUGCAUCUCAACUUUAUCAAUAUCAACAAUUUAUGUCAGCCAGAUUUGGAAACCAUGUCUUUCAUGCUUAGAAUGUCAAUAUUGUCCGGUUCCCACCUUCAGUGUCUGUUGCUGUGGUGCAGCUGGGUGGUGCAGCAGAUGCUAUUUAUUAAAUGGGACCUCUUUAUUUUCCAGUCUGCCCUGUAAUACAUGUGGUUCUGUACCCUCAGUAUCUCUUGUCAGGGCUCCACCAUAAACUGUACUAUACAGCAAAGACUGGGUACCCUCAUCACUACAACUGUUAAAAUGUCUUGUGCCAACAAAUAUAAUAUUUAUAGAGAUC